UAACAGAGAAGAGAACAAAAAAUAAUCUUAAUGGGGACAAAUAUUUAUAAUGGAAAAUGAAAAAGGAAAAGGUAAAUGGUCUGAAGAAAAAAAAAAGUGGUAACUGGUAAGUAAAGUAAAUUAAAGAAAAUGGUAAAAGUAGGUUCUUGCAAGUUUUGAGCUUUCAAAUCAAAAAAUAAAAGAAAAAGAAUAAAAUUUUGAUAAAGUGGCAUAUACAUAUGUGUUGGGGAAGGAGCCUUAUAUAUAUAAAUAUAUAUAUUAUGGCUUGUGGGUUCGUGUGGAGGACCAAGUGAACACAGUAUUUAUUUGGAGAAAAAGAAAACAUAUAACGGCAGUAUCAACAACAACAACAAUAAUAACAGUGAGACAUAUUUGCAGAGUUUUCCAGAGAGAGAGAGAGCUCUGGCGUGUUCUCUCUUUCUCAGCAAUCUUUUAGUCCAUUACCAUUAUUAAUAUCGAAGUUGCAGAGAAUUUGAAGAAGAAGAAUAAGUACGAAAGAGAAGAAAGGAAGGAAAACAAAGAUGGGGGGAGGAAGAGGAGCUUCUUCAAGGCUUAGAAAAGCAGCAAGGAAUAUAGCAGUUGCAGCUGCUAGUGCUUGUGGUUCAUUCUCUAGAAGGAAAGCUCUUGUAGAUCCCAUUGCCUUUGACAAUACCAACUCUGAAUCUAUCUCAGGUUCUUCCGUUGUGUCUCCUUCAAAAUCAAAGAAUAUAUCUAUAGAAGAAGAUGAAUAUAUUACAGAGGAAUUUGUGUCUUCAAAUAUCAACCCAAAUUUGCCUCCUGCUAAGAACUUGUGUGCAAUAUGUCUAGACCCUCUAAACUACAACAGCAAAGGAAGCAACAGCCCAAGCCAAGCAAUUUUUACAGCACAAUGCUCCCACGCCUUUCACUUUGCCUGCAUUUCUUCCAAUGUCCGCCAUGGCAGUGUCACCUGCCCCAUUUGCCGUGCCCACUGGACACAGCUCCCCCGCAAUCUCAAUGCUCCUUGUGCCUCUAUCAACCACACCGACCCCAUUCUUCGAAUCCUUGAUGACUCCAUUGCCACAUUUCGCAUCCACCGCCGCUCAUUCAUCCGCUCUGCUCGCUAUGAUGAUGAUGACCCAAUUGAGCCUGAGGAAAUGUCUAACUGCCCACGUCUUCAACUCUCUCUAGUCCCAAUCCCGACGACCUCACCAACGAACUACCAACCGCCCUUGGCAAUGCCUCUCAGUCGCCAUUUACAAUCCUCAACUUGCUCUUCUUCCUCCUCAUUUCUACAAACAAACAGAGCCUAUCUGUCUGUGAAACUUGCUAACCAACGAGCCACAGACUUGGUCUUGGUGGCCAGCCCCAACGGGCCACACCUUAGACUCCUCAAGCAAUGCAUGGCCUUAUUGGUGUUCUCUCUUAGACCAACAGAUCGUUUGGCCAUUGUUACAUACUCAUCAGCUGCAGCUCGAGUCUUUCCCCUCAGACGCAUGACAUCUUGUGGUAGAAGAGCAGCUUUACAAGUCAUUGAUCGCCUUUUCUACAUGGGCCAAGCUGAUCCAGUCGAAGGACUCAAGAAAGGGAUUAAGAUUCUUCAAGAUCGAGCACACAAGAACCCUGAAUCAGGAAUACUACACCUAUCUGAUAGUCCAACACAAUCUUACCAUGCUUCGAUGAUGAACAUGGAAGUUCCAAUCCCCGUUCAUCGUUUUCACGUGGGGUUCGGGUAUGGAACAUCGAGCGGGUACAUCAUGCAUGGGUUCGAAGAGUUUUUAGCGGGACUACUCGGGGGAGUAAUAAGAGAGAUUCAGUUGAGAGUUAGAACAGGGAAUGAGUCAGCAAAUGGGAUGGUUGUACGAAUUGGGGAGCUAAGAGGAGAUGAAGAGAGGAGAGUUUUGUUAGACUUAGGCGAGAGUGGACAUGCUUGUGUUGAGUAUAGUUACAGUGAAGACGUGGGAGAAGUUGAUGAACGGUUCAUAACAGGGGAAACUUUGGUGAGUGUUGGAGAUAGUAAGAGUGAUGCAGAGGAAUCUGGCUUGGCCGAGGAGGCGGAGGAGGUAGCGGGCGGUGGUAGCGGCGGAGGAGGGAGGAAGGAUGCUAUUGGUGGUGGGAGACCAAGUAGUGUAGAGAGUUGGGAUUACCAUGAUCCUUAUAUGGCAAGAAGAUGGGCUAAGCAUUUGCAUGGUGGAUAUAGGUUUUGAAGUAAUCUUUACAAUUACUUAUAUGCGUGCAUAUUGCCAUAUAUUUGAAGCAAAUUAUUAUUCUCUUUGGUAUGGAUUUGUACAUUUUCAUUGAAAAACAUUUUACUUUUUACAUGGCUGUUGCUUGAAAAGCUUUUCAAUAGGGAUAUUAUAAACAUAUUUGUUUAAUAUAGAAUCCCCAAUUAAUUUUAUGGAACUAAUUUACAAGUGGAGAAGAUAUCAUUUAUCAAA